GUAACUAUAUCAGAAUAUAUGCCGCCGCUUCUACACAAGUGACAAUUCGUUUUGACGUGCGGCAGCAUUUUCAUUAAAAGUAAUUUAAGAAAGUUAAAAUUUUUUAUAUUUUUUGCAUAAGUUUUGCAAUUAAUUGCGAAAAUGGCAUCCGAAGAUGAAAAUGACGAUACUUUUCAGGAAGAAGAAGAAGCAAUUGAUGAAAGUGCUGCACAAGUUGCAGAAUUAUCUAAUGACUCUGAUGCUCCAUUGAAACCGAAUAACGACGAAGAUGAUGAUUAUGAUCCCGAAGACAAUCGAAAAAAGAAGAAAGGUAAAAAGCGUAAAACUAAGAAGGGGGAGGAGAAGGGUCGGAAGAAGAAAAAACGUAAGAAGAAUGAAAGUGAUGAUGAUAGCGAUUUUAUGCAACAUGAUGAUGACACAGAAUAUAACGCUGGUGCCAGCGGUAGCACAAGUACUUCAAAGCGCGGACGUAAACGGAAAGAUGUUGAAAAAUCUAGUAAGGAAAAGGAACCAUCCUCAUCUGGUAUGCCUUCCGUUGAAGAUGUUUGUUCUGCGUUUAAUGUAACUGAUGUAGAGAUCGAUUAUUCGGAAAUUGAUAUUCAAACUCUAACUUCAUAUAAAUUGUUCACACAAUAUGUGCGACCAAUUUUACAAAAGGAAAAUCCUAAAAUUCCAGCACCUAAAUUAAUGAUGUUAGUUGCAGCAAAAUGGCGUGAAUUUUGUGAAAUGAAUCCAAAUUUACAAGCCGAACAAACCCGUGGUAGUGGCGGUGGUGGUGGUGAAGAAGCCGAAGAACCAAGAUCCUCCCGUUCAUCACGAAAUGAAAAGCCUGAUGAUAUGUAUGAAGAAGAAGAUGAAGAGGAGGAAGAGGAAGAAGAAAAAGAAACUUCUCGCUCUCGUCGUAAAAGGGGAGGUCGUUCAAGUAGCAAAAAAGGUCGUAAAUCAUCAGGAAAAGUUCCGACUUUGAAAAUUAAAUUUGGUAAACGUAAGCGUGGUUCUUCAGAUGAAGAUCAAGAUGCUAGUGGCGCUUCAGAGCGCGAUUCAGAUUUAGAGUUUGAAAAAAUGCUACAAAAGUCCGAUGAUAGUGCUGAUGAAAAAGAAUCUUCUAUAAUUACUCAAGAAAAAGGUGACACACCUGCUGAGGAUGCUACACCUGUGGUCAAGAAAAAGGCUAAAACUAAAAUAGGUAACAAAUUUAAAAAGAAAAAGAAGCUUAAGACUACGAGCCGUUUUCCUGAUGGGGAUGAUGGUGAACAGGAACAUCAAGAUUAUUGCGAGGUCUGCCAACAAGGUGGUGAAAUUAUAUUGUGUGACACAUGCCCUCGAGCUUACCAUUUAGUUUGUCUUGAGCCAGAAUUAGACGAAGCACCAGAAGGUAAAUGGUCUUGUCCACAUUGUGAAGCCGAUGGUGGUGCUGCAGAAGAAGACGAUGAUGAUGAACAUCAAGAGUUUUGCCGUUUGUGUAAAGAUGGUGGUGAAUUGCUUUGUUGUGAUUCGUGCCCAUCGGCUUAUCACACAUUCUGCCUGAAUCCUCCUUUAGAUACAAUACCUGAUGGUGAUUGGAAAUGCCCACGUUGCAGCUGUCCACCACUUACUGGUAAAGCAGAGAAAAUUAUUACAUGGCGUUGGGCAGAAUCAACAGAACCAUCUACGUCAAAGAAAUCAAAGAGCCGUCAACGUGAAUAUUUCGUUAAGUGGCAUAAUAUGUCAUACUGGCACUGUGAAUGGAUUUCUGAUGUUCAAAUGGAUGUACAUCAUCCAUUGAUGAUACGUUCUUUCCAACGCAAAUAUGACAUGGAGGAACCUCCGAAAUUUGAAGAAACCCUUGAUGAAGGUGAUUCGCGUUUUCAACGUAUUCAAAGGCAUAAAGCUAAAGGUGGUAUACAAGUGGAUGAUGAAGACGAUGCAUAUAAAAAAGACUUGGAAGAACGUUUCUAUAAAAAUGGUGUUAAGCCAGAGUGGUUAAUCGUUCAACGCGUUAUAAAUCACCGUACAGCUCGCGAUGGCACAACAAUGUACUUAGUAAAAUGGCGUGACUUGCCUUAUGAUAAAUCGACAUGGGAAGACGAAUCUGAUGAUAUGCCAGGCUUAAAACAAGCUAUAGAUUAUUAUCAAGACCUAAGAGCAGCCUGUGUUUCUGAUUCGAUUAACUCAAAAACUUCUAAAAAAGGAAAGAAAGGUCGUAAAUCUAAAGUUAAAGAAAUAGAAGAUGAAGAUCGGACUGCUAAACGUUUUACACCUCCUCCAGAAAAACCUACAACAGAUCUUAAAAGGAAAUACGAAUCGCAACCACCAUUUCUUGACGAUACUGGAAUGCAGCUACAUGCUUAUCAAAUUGAAGGUAUAAAUUGGUUGCGGUACUCUUGGGGACAAGGUAUUGAUACCAUAUUAGCAGAUGAAAUGGGUUUAGGAAAAACAAUUCAAACUGUUACAUUUCUGUAUUCACUUUAUAAAGAGGGACACUGCAAAGGACCGUUCUUAGUUGCUGUUCCACUUUCAACAAUUAUCAAUUGGGAGCGUGAAUUUGAACUAUGGGCACCUGAUUUUUAUUGCAUCACUUAUGUAGGAGAUAAAGAUUCUCGAGCUGUUAUCCGUGAAAAUGAACUUUCGUUUGAAGAAGGUGCAAUUCGGGGUGGAAAAGCUUCACGUUUACGCACUAAUCAAUUUAAAUUCAAUGUUUUGCUUACCAGUUACGAGUUGAUUUCGAUGGACGGAGCAUGCUUAGGGUCCAUUGAUUGGGCUGUAUUAGUCGUUGAUGAAGCGCAUCGACUUAAAAGUAACCAGAGUAAAUUUUUCCGUAUAUUGAAUAGCUAUAAUAUUGCAUACAAAUUGCUGUUAACGGGUACACCACUACAGAAUAACUUAGAAGAGCUGUUUCACUUAUUAAACUUUUUAAGUAGAGAUAAAUUUAGCGAUUUGAAUGCAUUUCAAAAUGAAUUCGCCGAUGUAGCAAAAGAAGAACAAGUUAAACGUUUACAUGAAAUGCUUGGUCCUCAUAUGUUGCGUCGUCUUAAAGCGGAUGUACUCAAAAAUAUGCCAUCAAAAUCUGAAUUUAUUGUACGUGUUGAAUUAUCAACCAUGCAAAAGAAAUUUUAUAAAUUCAUUCUGACGAAAAAUUAUGAAGCACUUAAUUCCAAAAGUGGCGGUAAUUCUUGCUCACUUAUUAAUGUUAUGAUGGAUUUGAAGAAAUGUUGUAAUCAUCCAUAUCUAUUUCCAUCAGCAGCAGAGGAAGCUACAACGACAGCAGGCGGCAUGUACGAAAUAAAUUCAUUGACAAAAGCUGCGGGAAAGUUAGUACUUUUAUCUAAAAUGUUAAAGCAAUUGAAGGAACAAGGACAUCGUGUUUUGAUUUUUUCGCAAAUGACAAAAAUGUUGGAUAUUUUAGAAGAUUUUCUUGAAGGUGAAGGAUAUAAAUAUGAACGUAUUGAUGGCAGCAUUACGGGUAAUUUGCGCCAAGAGGCUAUCGAUCGCUUUAACGCACCAGGUGCCCAACAAUUCGUAUUUUUAUUAAGUACACGUGCUGGAGGUUUAGGUAUCAAUUUGGCCACUGCAGAUACAGUUAUUAUAUAUGAUUCCGAUUGGAAUCCUCAUAAUGACAUCCAAGCAUUUUCACGUGCUCAUCGUAUUGGUCAAGCAAAUAAAGUAAUGAUUUAUCGUUUUGUAACACGUAAUUCGGUAGAAGAACGAGUUACGCAAGUAGCAAAACGUAAGAUGAUGUUGACACAUUUAGUUGUACGUCCAGGUAUGGGAGGCAAGGGUGCUAACUUUACUAAACAAGAAUUGGAUGACAUAUUACGAUUUGGUACCGAGGAUCUUUUUAAAGAAGAUGAUAAAGAAGAAGCUAUACAUUAUGAUGAUAAAGCAGUUGCAGAGCUUUUGGAUCGCUCUAACCGAGGCAUCGAAGAAAAAGAGUCCUGGGCUAAUGAAUAUCUGUCUUCAUUUAAGGUUGCUUCUUAUGCUACGAAGGAAGAGGAAGAAGAAGAAGAAACCGAAAUUAUUAAACAAGAAGCCGAAAAUUCAGAUCCAGCAUAUUGGGUAAAACUUUUAAGACAUCAUUAUGAACAACAUCAAGAGGAUGUAAGUCGCACCUUAGGCAAAGGCAAACGGGUUCGUAAACAAGUUAACUACACCGAUGGAGGAGUAGUAGCUGCAGAUACUACGCGUGAUGAUGGAAACUGGCAAGACAAUGCUUCAGAAUACAACUCAGAUUAUUCCGCUGGCUCGGAUGAAGAUGCAGGUGAUGACGAUUUUGAUGAACAAAACGGUGGCGAAGGACGAAAAGCUAAACGUCGACUUGAGCGACGCGAUGAUCGACCAUUGCCUGCUCUUUUAGCACGUGUAGGAGGCAAUAUUGAAGUACUUGGGUUUAACGCACGUCAACGAAAAAGUUUUCUCAAUGCCAUUAUGCGUUAUGGUAUGCCGCCACAAGAUGCGUUUAAUUCGCAAUGGUUAGUACGAGAUUUGCGUGGUAAAUCAGAACGAAACUUUAAGGCAUAUGUGUCGCUUUUUAUGCGCCAUCUAUGUGAACCUGGUGCAGAUAAUGCAGAAACUUUUGCGGAUGGAGUACCACGUGAAGGGCUAUCACGUCAACAUGUUUUAACCCGAAUUGGUGUUAUGUCACUUAUACGCAAAAAAGUUCAAGAUUUUGAACAUAUUAACGGUUACUAUAGUAUGCCGGAAUUAAUUUUGAAACCAUGCGAACCAGUUAGAGGGCAACAACCAUUGCAUCAACAGAAACAAGAAAAUUUAAGCGAUGCAGACGCCACAAAAACAGAUGAUAAAAGUGCUACAACAAGUACUAGUGCUACACCAGCUACUAGUGCUGCGCCAAGCCCAGCACCUACAUCCGAAAAAGGUGAAGACAAAUCCAUUGCCGAGAAGGAAGAUUUAAAAAAAGAAUCUGAUGGUAGUGAUGAGAAAAAACCCGAUAUUCUUACAGAGCCUAAAGAGGAAAAAAUUGAUUCAAAUUCUACCAUCAAAACCGAAUCACUUGAUAAAGAUAAGGAAGGCUUGGAUUUCUCGAAAAAAGAUACAAAAGAAGAGCAAAAUACAUUGAACGUUAAAAAAGAAGAUGAUAUAACUAAAAUCAGCACUGGUGAAAAAUCUGGUAACUCAGAUGAAAAACUCAAAAUAGCUGACGUCAGUAGUAAUAACACAACAACUAUUGACGACGAUGAUGAUGAUGUUCUUAUUGUUAAAGAGGACGGUGAAGUAGAGAAACCUUCAAUUUCCGCAAAUACAUCAGGUUCUGGAUCUUUGAGCAUUAAAUCAGAACAAAAACCAAAAAUCGAAGAGAGUUUGGAAGUGCUUAAACGCAAAUUUAUGUUCAACAUUGCUGACGGAGGUUUCACUGAGUUACAUACUCUUUGGCUUAAUGAAGAGAAAGCAGCUGUACCAGGACGUGAAUAUGAAAUAUGGCACCGUCGUCAUGACUAUUGGUUGCUGGCAGGUAUAGUAACACAUGGUUAUGGACGUUGGCAAGAUAUACAAAACGAUAUUCGUUUUGCUAUAAUAAAUGAACCGUUUAAAAUGGAUGUGGGUAAGGGAAACUUUCUGGAAAUUAAAAAUAAAUUCCUUGCUCGCCGUUUUAAGUUACUUGAGCAGGCUUUGGUUAUUGAAGAACAAUUACGCCGUGCAGCUUUAUUGAAUUUGGCGCAAGAUCCAGGACAUCCAGCUAUGUCCUUAAAUGCACGAUUUGCUGAGGUGGAAUGCCUAGCCGAAUCUCAUCAACAUUUGAGCAAAGAAUCGUUAGCGGGCAAUAAACCAGCAAAUGCAGUUUUACAUAAGGUUCUUAAUCAACUUGAAGAACUGUUAUCAGAUAUGAAAAGUGAUGUGUCACGUCUACCAGCCACUUUGGCACGUAUACCACCAGUCGCACAACGUUUACAAAUGUCUGAACGUUCCAUUCUAUCGCGUUUAGCAGCUACAGCAGGCAAUGCGUCUAAUGCAGCUCAAUUGAUGGCUCAAUUCCCACCUGGAUUUCAAGGUACUACACUUCCAGCCUUUGCCGGAGGACCUGCAGGAAACUUUUCCACUUUUAGACCACAAUUUUCGGUACCGGGUCAAUUGUCUAAUAAUUCGCCAGCCGGUACAGUUGCUAAUUAAAUAUGUUGCUAAACGCACAUCAUAAGUUUACCAAGACGCAUGCAUAAACGCGUUUAUUAUUAAAGAAUAAUUUUUUUUCUUAAAAUAUUAAAUUCAAAUUAAAUAUUUAUAUAUAGCCCAUAACUUAUA